AUGCUUCUUAAAAUAAAAUAAGACAUUGAGUUAUUGUUUGAUAAUGUUCAAGCCUUCAAAAAGGAAUCUCGGCCAAUCUAUUCAAAUCUGGAGGAUUAAAUUGAUGAAACAAUUAAUCUCAUAAAACUGCAAUUUUACAACGUAGAUGAAAAGAUUAUCAAGAACUAUUGCUAUAGAAUUUUAGAGCUGAAAUAAAUAAAUAGUACGAUGUAGGAUAUUAAAAUUGCUCUGGACAUACCAACCAUAGUAGGAUCGUCCGUGUCAAAAAGGAGUCAUAUGCUUAUUCAACAAGAGAGCAAAGGAAGGAGUGUUGCUUCUUUGCAAAAGAAAAUAAUCCUUAAACUUAAUUAGAUUACAGAACUUAGUGAAAUACAAGAUGUUAUAUAUAAUGGGAGUGAGUUUGAUGGCAUUUGCAUUUUCAGAUUACAUUAAAUUUAUCAUAAUGAAGUGGAAAAUCUGUAAUAAUAGUUUUAAUAAUUAAAAUCAUUUAACAAUGAAAGAUUCAAUAGAUUGUAUUAAUCAUUCUCAGACAUAAUAAAUGAUUCCUAAUUUCUUAAAAUAUAGGGAUAAAUUUAAUACUAUUCCGAAAUAAUCAAUCUAAUAGAUGAGUUUCGAGAUAAACUUUGUGAAAUAAUAAAAUCAAAGAAUGAUUCGAUUCUCACAGUUGAUAGAACUAAAUCUUUAUAAAAUCUAACAUCUGUGUCUAAAGAUUUUCUGGACGAAGAUGAUCAUUACGAAGUCAAAAGAGGGAAAUAUAACAACUAACUUAAAUAGGAAGAAAUAAAGAGCAAAAGAAAGGAAAGCUCAUCAGAAACAUGUAUAAAUUGUUAAAUAUUUUGA